AUGACAAGAGCCUGGAGCAGCAGUAGCAGCUGCAACUUAUUAAACCGAGAAUGGGAUAGUCUCCUUCUAGAUGUUGUGUUUGAGAUUCUUGAUAUGUUGCUAGAACCUGCUGAUCAUGUUCGCUUUGCAGCCGUUUGCAAACGUCAUCAUUCUCUUGCGAAGGACUACAACCUGGCAAAACAACACACCCGCCAACUUCCCCCCAUUCUUUUGAUACGUGAUCAACAGAAAACAACAUUGGUCAGCGUUUCCGAAGGAAAAAUCUACGACAAUGUUGAGCCAGUACAACUACCUCCUAGUACUUGGAGCUGUUAUAGUUGUGGGGAUGGUUGGUUGGCCACAGUUGAAGAAUGCACCAAGGAAGGUGUGAUAAUAGAACUUCAGAACCCUCUAAGGAACCCAUCAACUAGUAUUCGUCUCCCUGUCUUAAAACGAAUUUCAUUCGAAAAGAUUAUACUAUCUGGGGAUCCGGCUCUGAAUCCAGACAGUUAUGGGGGUUGCGACACAGGAGAGAUUGUGUCUGUGAAUCUUGAUAGCAACAGCUACAAUGUGCCAGAAGCAAAGCUACUCACACGUCUAAAACCGUUUUCACCGAAUAUUUUUGGCCGCGGGUAUCUUGUGGAGUCGACUAAUGGAGACCUAUUGUAUAUUGAAAAAGUACAAGAUAUUACGUGCUGGAUUCAUGGUUUCAAGGUUUACAAGGUGGCGUUCAGUGAUGGAGAUGGCUCCGUUAUUGAGCAGCUACUUGAAACAAGAAGCAUUGGAGAUGAGGCUCUAUUCCUGGAUGACAAUCAUGCAGUCUCUGUUUCGGUAUCAAACUUUCCCAAGUGCCAGCGAAAUUCCAUAUAUUACAGCUCGAAUAUCUACUUCAGUAGUAAAACGUACUUCCGUGUUCAACUUAGAAGAUGA